ACAGUGUUAAUAUUUAGCUACCAGGAGGAUCUAGUUUCUGCAUGAUGAAAGAAAAACAUAAAACUGUUUCCGUCCAGCUCCAACGGAAAGGCAGGACCUGUCUAAAGCUGCAGAUGACGUGCAGAGCAGAACACUGAAAUUAGGACUAGAAGGUGGUUAUUAGAGCGCCGCCAUGCCUCCAGAGCUGGUGACCAUCAUCAUGGCUUCAGUGUCCUGUGCAGCCUUUUGUUUAGCGAUACUGAUGCUGGUGGUGCUCCUCUACAGAAAAGAUCCUCUCUGCUGCAGAUUCAGGUCCUACAGGACACAAGACUAUACCGACCAUCUUCCCCACUACCACAGCAGGCAUUCUCUGAUCGGUAUUUCCCAUGAUGGGCACGAUGCCGCCUUUAACCAGAGAGCUAUCGGACCGCAACUUCCGGGAGCGCUGUUCAUCAUCGGGAAACCACGUGACUACCACAUGGAUGGUCCUCCGCCCCGGCUGCCUUCCUAUGAGAGCGUACGGAAGAAAGACAGGCAGAGACCGAUCCACAGCAUGAUUGCUCAACGCUUUGGCCUCAGCGGCUGCCCUGAGGAGCCUCCACCAACGUAUGAAGAAACAUUUCGCCAUUCUCUUGAAAUUUUGCCUGCAGAUAUUCAUCAGUCGCUGGACGUUCAGCUGCCAGUCAGCGCUUACGAUGACCCCCCUAACCUCAGCGAGGACCAACACAACCCCGGUGAAGGGUGCACACCCCCCCAGGGCUCAGCCUCUCCCCUCCACCCCGCUCCCCGCUGCAAGUUUCUGUCUAUCUGACUUCUUUGUCAAGCUUUUGCUUGUCGCUGCAGCCGAGCAUCAGGGACGAGGACAGCGCUUGGGGAAGGGAAUGGUUGUAGUCAGAGUCAGAGCUGUUGAUAAAUCUGGGAAGUCUGGAGGUAUUCGAUGAUAAUGAAGCUGUAAACUCCUCCAGGCUGUAAUGACGUCUCUCUGAAUGGUUUAUUCAGUUACAGGUAGCGCCGCAUGGUGCUUUUCCAAGAAUGGAACAAAAAUAAUAAAUCGUACCAAGUAAAUCCAAAACACUCACAGGUAAACAAGCCAAGCUUGCAGACUGUUAUGGGCUGCCAGAGCUUUUUAUUCUGUGCAUCUGCUGUACAGAUUUGUAAACUUUUACUCCAUGAAACAUGAGGGGGGAAGUUGGGAUUUAAAAUGAGUUCAUAUUUUCCAUGAAAUGAUAAAAUGUCUCAGUUUCAGCAUCUGAAAUGUUGUUAAUGUUCUACUGGGAAUAAAAUAUGGCUUGAUGUGAUGUGUACAUCAUUUAAUUCUGUGUUAAUUUACAC